AUGUUUGAAGCUAUCAACGAAUCACCAUAUAAGGAAUCACUUUCUCUCAAAGUGUUAGGUUAUCUUGAUGAUACUACAUGGUUAGCUGAAAAUUUAAAUCAACUUAAACAUAACUUGAAGAUUGCGGAUAACUUUUACCAAUUGGCUAAUAUUCUCAUUAACAAAGAGAAAACUAUUAUUUUAGCCAAUAGACACGCCAGGAAAAAAUUAACAACAGAUUCAUCAAGGUCUAUUACACAUAUUGAAAUUGAAUUUGGAUCAAAAAUUAAAGUCCCGGUACUUUCCAAAAACAAAGCUACACUUCAGUCAUCUUUAUUAAUUGCGCAAGCAAAUUGUCCUCACACUUCAAAUACUUUAAAAUUUUUAUUUUUGCUUACUCAACAAAAAUAUUUCUUACCUAAUUCACCUAUUAAUUUUUUUGAUUUAUUUGAACAACCUUUAAAAUAUUUUUCUCGAAUUGAAUCUUUGUUAACUUUCUUUAAAUUUUACAAUCUUUCCCUUUCUUCAAAUUUUAAAUUUACUACUAACACUGGUAAAAAAGUGAUUUAUCCUACACAUAUCUUACACAUAUUGGGUACUAAAAAUUGUAAAGGUGGUAAUUUUCCUAUAGCACAUUAUGUUAUUGAUCCUAAUUAUUUGUUCGCUCACCUUAAUAGUCUUAGGACUAAAGGUAUUAUGUUUUUAGACCAUAUCAUUACUAAAGAUAAUGCUUAUUUAGUAGAAUAUAACGAAAUUAAAGCUCAACUGGAACACAAAGGUGGUAAAAUCCCAAGAUGGUACCAAUUUUUAAAAGAUAACAUUAUUACGAUUAACAAUCAAGGAAGAUUAAUGUUCAAUUUGGAUAAACCCAUUAUACAAAACCCUACCACACCGCGUCCUACCGUUCUACCAGAACAUAAAACUGAAUUGUCAAAUAUUGCUCAUGGUCUUUCUGAAUUCUUAUUGUUAGAUUUUUAUACAGAUGGCUUAUUUGAUGCUAAUACGACAGAAGGUGGUUUUCCUAUGGGAUAUGGUUGGACGACAUCCAACUUAACUACUGUUAAUUUUACUUAUAACGGAUCUAUUCAAUAUUUUCCUUCCUUGACCAAGGCUGAAACCAUGGCAAUUCUAAUGUAUCUUGCAGAAUUAAAAUUAGUCGUUUGUUUUAUUAAAGUUAAAGCACAUUCAAAUGAUCAUUAUAAUGACCGAGCUGAUGCACUAGCCAAAGUAGAUAAGGAUGUACGUAAAUGUGUAGGCACUAUACUAAAUUAUAGAAGAAUUGAAACUCACCUUAAUCACCAAUCACUUGGACCAAUUAAACAAGCUACCAAAGAUAAUCUCAUUGAUUGGUCUUUAUCUGCUAAAUGGUUUGAUUAUAAUGGAAGAAAUGAUACGACUACGAUCGCACACUCCAAAGAUACUAAGUGGAAAAUUAGAUGCUCUACUUUUUCUUUACCAACUAAAGAUAUCCUACACCAAAACUUUCCGUUACUUUUACCUGCGGAUAAACUUAAUUGUUUUUUCUGUAAUAAUAUCCUAGAAACGAACGAUCAUUUUUGGACAUGUCUUCAACUGCGAACUACAAUUGUUAAUAUCUUCAAGAAGCUGGGACAGGACUUGAUUGAUAUACUUGCUAAUAAUGCGGACAAGCAUCCUUUAUUAAUUAAUGAUUCAAUUAAAUAUUCCAAAACGUUCAGAUGGGCUUUUCAGAAUGAACCUAUUCAUCCGCUAUUACCACCUUUUAUUACCAUUCUUCCAUCAUUGUAG